CCCCCCACCGCUGUUCACCUUCACUUUCACCACCUAGAUAUGAAAAUUAAUUCCACCAUAAACAUAGAGUGAGAAAAAUUCAUCAUUAUCUGAGCAGUUGUGAAGACGGGGAGCAAAAUUUAUUCUACUGGUAGAAAAUGUCAUCCAAAGAAACCUGCAGAACUGAGCUCCGUGCCGCCGUUCGCCACCUCAGCGACCGUGGCCUCUACUCCGCCUCCAAAUGGGCAGCGGAGCAAUUGAUGGGAAUAGAGCAAGACCCUUCGAAGCACACCCCGUCCCACACUAGAUUCCAGCGCGGCAGCUCUAGUAUCCGCCGGCCGCACCGCCGGGCGGCGGAAUCCUCCGCCACCCCUUCCGGUGGGGUGUCUUAUGUUUCCACCCCGUCGAUGGUGGGGCCUGAGGAGUACGAUUAUGAUCCGAUUGAUACUGAUUUUUAUUUGCUGGCCAAGUCUUACUUUGACUGCAGGGAGUAUAGGAGGGCUGCUCAUGUGCUCCGGGACCAGACUGGGAAGAAAGCUGUGUUCUUGCGCUGCUAUGCACUUUAUUUGGCUGGAGAAAAGCGAAAAGAAGAAGAGAUGAUAGAACUUGAGGGGCCUCUAGGUAAGAGUGAUGCUUUGAAUCGGGAACUGGUUUCUCUUGAAAGGGAAUUGUCAACACUUCGCAAAAAUGGAACAAUUGAUCCUUUUGGUCUUUACAUAUAUGGUCUCGUCCUCAAGGAGAAAGGCAAUGAAAAUCUUGCCCGUUCUGUGCUUGUAGAAUCUGUAAAUAUCUACCCCUGGAACUGGAGUGCUUGGUCCGAGCUGCAAGCACUCUGCACCACGAUUGAGGCAUUGAACAGUCUUAACAUUAAUAACCACUGGAUGAAAGACUUUUUCCUUGCCAGUGCUUACCAGGAACUCAGGAUGCAUAAUGAGUCCCUGGCAAAAUAUGAAUAUUUACAAGGAACUUUCACUUUCAGCAAUUACAUCCAAGCCCAGAUUGCUAAAGCUCAGUAUAACCUCAGGGAGUUCGAACAAGUCGAAGUUAUAUUUGAAGAACUUUUAAGAAAUGAUCCUUAUAGAAUUGAGGACAUGGAUAUGUAUUCCAAUGUCCUCUACGCUAAGGAGUGUUUUUCCGCCUUAAGUUAUCUUGCACACCGGGUGUUUUUGACUGAUAAAUAUAGACCCGAAUCCUGUUGUAUUGUUGGGAAUUAUUACAGUUUGAAAGGGCAGCAUGAAAAGUCGGUCAUGUAUUUCCGCAGGGCUCUUAAAUUGAAUAAGAAUUAUUUGUCAGCAUGGACUCUCAUGGGUCAUGAGUAUGUCGAGAUGAAGAAUACCUCAGCAGCAGUUGAUGCCUAUCGGCGUGCAGUAGAUAUAAAUCCAUGUGAUUAUCGAGCGUGGUAUGGUUUAGGCCAAGCAUAUGAAAUGAUGGGAAUGCCCUUUUAUGCACUUCAUUAUUUCAAGAAGUCGGUAUUCUUGCAACCAAAUGAUUCUCGGUUGUGGAUUGCAAUGGCCCAGUGUUUCGAGACCGAACAGCUCCACAUGCUCGAGGAAGCCAUCAAAUGUUAUAAACGAGCAGUGAAUUGUAACGACAGGGAAGCCAUUGCGCUACACCAACUUGCAAAACUUCACUGUGAACUUGGUCAAACUGAAGAGGCAGCAUUUUAUUACAAGAAGGAUUUGGAGAGGAUGGAGGCGGAAGAGAGGGAAGGACCGAAUAUGGUUGAAGCUUUAAUGUUUCUUGCCCAACAUUGUAAAACUCAGAAAAAAUUUGAUGAAGCAGAGGUUUACUGUACCCGUCUUCUUGACUACACAGGCCCAGAAAAGGAAACUGCAAAGAGUCUUCUUCGAGGAAUAAGGUAUGCAAGGGAUGUAGUUGAGCAUUUCCCACCCUAACUUUCUUCCAGUAACUUGGUUGUGAAAUCAAGAUUCCGGAAUCAUGGAAGUGUACUUGACUAAGUCCCAGAUUAUGGAAUGCAGAGGACUUACAGGACUUCAUUGAGUGCGCGGUAUAGAUUUAUUUGGUAGUAGUUUGCUGUGUACUUGUUCUGAUAUGAGUCAUUCUUAGAGUUUGAUCCAUUAAACUGGAAAGCAUUUCCUUUUGAGGUCCAUUCUUUUGUUGGGCAACCAGUGGAAAUGAGCAGAUUGAAAGCAUUCUGCUACAUCAGUCUUUUCAUGAUCCUUAGACAAUCCAUUUGUAUUAGCUGUCAAUCAAAAUUUAAAUAAUUUCUUUUCUUCCUUCA